UAGAACACAUAUUCCAUAUUGCUCUUACUUGUACGUUCGAAUUUAUACGAAAUCGCUAAAUCAAAUACCACAGGUGAAGGGUAUUUGUACCCGACCAGUUGGUCGCACAACCGCAUGGGACAGGCGACCAAGCAGUAGAUUGUAGAAAGUGCCAAGAAGUGUUACCCGAUAAUUCCUUCGGUGUUAAAAAUCAGUCAGUUAUCAAGGAUAAGUCAACAUGAACGUAUUCGUGACAGCUGCUCUUUUGGUGCUCUCUGUGGUCUCCGCUCAAGGAGCAGUCCUUGGAUCUCCACAGUGCCCUGACCCCAAUGGCGUAUUUGCUUAUGAACAUCCAGAAUCUUGCAAUCUCUUCUUCUUGUGCACGAAUGGUACAUUGACUGUCGAAACUUGCGAAAAUGGUUUGUUAUUCGAUGGCAAGGGUAAUGUCCAUCACCACUGCAACUAUAAUUGGGCCGUAGACUGUGGAACAAGAAAGGCCGAUUUGACGCCCAUCAGUACUCCUGGAUGUGAAUAUCAAUUCGGAAUCUACCCCGAAAGUCACGAAUGCUCUACCCACUACAUCAAAUGCGCCCAUGGUGAACCACAAGCUAACCAGUGCGAGCCUGGUUUGGUCUACGACGAGAGGAUACACGGAUGCAACUGGCCUGAUCUUCUUCUUGAGACAUGUAAUCCUGAGGGUGAGUAUCUCUUACGAGAUUUUCUGAAACUCAAAAUGUUUCAUUUUCAGCUGUUGUUGGAUUCAAAUGCCCAACCAAGGUGCCAUCACAUACCGUGUCAGCCAAAUUCUGGCCCUAUCCAAGGUUUGCAGUGCCUGGAGAUUGCCACAGACUCAUCACCUGCGUUAACGGAUUUCCUCGACUGAUCUCAUGCGGCGAGGGAAAAGUCUUGGACGAGUCGACUCUGACCUGUGAGGAACCAGAGCUUGUUCCGCAAUGCGCAAACCACCUAAGAAAAUGAAAAUAUGAAUAAUUUUGUUUUUCCAUUAUUCGAUCAAAAUUUAUUUGACUAUUUUUUGUUAUUCUAUUUUUAGCACUCAUUUUCGAAGUUGUGUUGAAAUGUUUGCAGGUUUGAUUGAAAUUUUUAGUGUAUGGUUUUUUUUUUAGAUAUGAUUUUUUCAAUAAUGAGUUAUCUUUCAUAUUUGUAAAUAUACAUGUAUAUAAAGUAUAAUGUUUUAGUUCGGUUAUGUCAACAUCGAAUAAAUUCUGAUCAGAU